AAUUCCUAACAGCCUACUGGGAGUUGGAAGUCCAAAACACCUGGAGGGCCAAAGUUUGCCCAUGCCUGCUCUAAGGAGAGUUCUGUAGUUGAAUUACUCUCCUAAGAAAAUGGCAUGUGGUUUAUUUCAGUUUCAGUAUUAAUGCACACCUUCAGAUGCACUUCUGCAGUCUUUUAAAGACAGUUUUAUCGUUCUGGAUCUGUAGUACUGUUGUGGAAUUUCGUUUGGUGAAGAAAGCAGACUGACAGCAGAAGUUGUCUUCAAGAUAGUUUACUUUUGGCCAAGAGCAGGUGACAAUGUUAGCUAAUGCCCAGAAAACGUAAUGCCACCCCUUGCCUGUAGUGGCUUUCCAAUUUAUACAAUCUUACACAGCAUGUGCAGAAAGUUAACUGACAAUGGAAUUUGCUGACUAUUAUAAUCCUUUUGGACAUGCGUAGUUGCCUUUUAACUUAUAUAACUCAUUACUCAUCACAUCAGAUGAAGUGUCCAUAGUUUGCUCCACGUAUGCACUAUUCUCAGGUGACAUGUUCAUAGUUCAUCCCACGUAUGCAUCAUCCAGCAGCCAAAUCAUUACUGCAGUUUGCAUGACCUUAUAUUGUGAGCAAAGAGCAAAUGUCAGGCAGAACAUGUCCUGUCAACACUUUCAUGGAAAAACAAGAUUUUUGAGUAAGGGUCAUCUAGGUAAGGGAUUUUUAGGAUCUUUAAAUAAAAUAUUCAAGAGCUGCUCCAUUAAGUACAUGAAGAGUAUUUUAAAUUGGCACAUCUAUUUAAGAUUAUAACUAAUUAAUGUGACUCUGUAGCCAGUGGUCCAGGCCUCUUUCAGAGUUCUGGGUCUAUGUUUCCUGGGUCUGAGCUCAGGACUUCGCUGCUCUCCUUAGAAAACCCCUUGCAUCCUUUGCCAAGCUUUGAAGGUGGGAGGCCUGUGGCUAGAGAACACAGCUCAUACAUCCCGGCCCCAAUUGGGAAGAUCCCAACUCUGGAGGGGUCUCCAUUCACCUUUCUCUCUGUCCAUCUCUGGGGAUUUAUCAGGGCCAAUUUCUGUUCUUUCUGGUUCUGAUCAGUAGGGUCUCUUGGAUGGAUUCUGCAAAAUGUGGAGAAUUCAUUUUCAGCCUCUUUUUUCUAGUCUGACUUCUUCAUCGGGAUCACAGUUCCUUCUAUUGUCAGCCCCCACCUCCCAUUAACAGUAGUGUUUCUGAGGCUGUGAAGAGUCUAUCUUUCCCUAGAGAUGAGACUGUGGUAAAAUACUGUCUCUUGUUCAGUGUCACAGUCUGGGUUCAAUGGCAAAGCAUUCUGUUUUGCUCCCUCACCAAACGGUUGCUAUCUAGCUUUUCCCAUCCUCUUGAUCCACAGGAAUAUCCCCCAAUGUUUUUGCCUGCAGGAGAAUCUGACAGCAGUGGAGAAUAUUCCUUCUUUGAGAACCUAUUUGCCAACAUGAGAAUGCAAGGCUCUGUGGGGCCCAAACUGGGAAAAGCCCCUCGUCCUGCUCAGGCUAAGGCUAGAGGAGCCUUCAAGGAAAAACCCACACAGAGCAAGGAUGUGCUGCAUUUGGAGGGACAGCGUCACAGCUUCAGGAGGUUUUGCUACAAGGAGGUGGAGGGCCCCGAAGGGUUUGCAGCCAGCUGCACCUCCUCUGCCGCCAGUGGCUCCAGCCAGAAAGACACACCAAGGCAGAGAUGCUGGAUCUGGUGGUGCUGGAGCAGUUCCUGGCUGUCCUUCCUGCAGAGAUGGAGCACUGGGUGAGGGAGUGUGGGGCAGAGAGCAGCUCCGAGGCCGUGGCCCUGGCAGAAGGAUUCCUCCUCAGCCAAGCAGAAGAGGGCAGGCAGAGCAAGGAGCAGCAGGAUUUGUUCAUGGAAGAAAUGACUAAGGCAACCAAGUGUCCUGAGACCAAGGGGAUGAUGCUUGAAGGGGGAAAGCUUUCCAUUUCAGUGGGAAAAGGAACAUGUACACAACCUCUUCCAUUUCCAAGUCUAUCUCUUCCUUAUGGUGCAGCUUCAGUGGGACUGGAUCAGGUGGCCUUUGAAGACGUGGCUGUGGAUUUCAUGGAGGAGGAGUGGGCUCUGCUGCACCAAGGACAAAGGGCCCUUCAUAAGGAAGUCAUGGAAGAGACUUUCAACCUUGUGUUUUCUCUGGGUAAUUUCCUUUCUUGUAAUUCAUCAAUAUUUGCCUCCCAACAGUCUUUAUUACAGUGGUUCUCAACCUGUGGGUUCCCAGAUGUUUUGGCCUACUCCCAGAAAUCCCAUCCAGUUUAUUUACCAUCUGUUAGAAGUUUUGGGAGUAGAAGGCCAAAACAACAGGGGACCCACAGAUUGAGAACAACUGCCUUAUUAUAUUGUCAAAACUUCUGUAUCUCCCUUUCUGUUUUCUGGGGUCUCUUCUGAGGCUUUUGUCAAAGUUACAGCGGAGAAUGUCACGUUCAGGUGUAUUGCUUAUGGAUCAUUUGAAGCAAACUUGGCACUAUGAGGGGGACCCCCAAAAGGGCCUCUUCAGUUCCCAUGGGUUAUUUCCAUUAUUAUGAAGACUGAAAGACUGAUAAUACAAAGGGCUAGAGAGAUGUUAAAAGGAGUGUUCCUCUACUAAGCAGCAAACUUAUUUCAUUGGCUCAUUCCUGCAGGAAAGAGGAGUCCAGGUUAUCUCCUUCAGUUGCACAAAGAUAAAUAAAAGCAGGUGAGUGUUCCAGAAGGAGGCCGAGCCGUUAAAAGAAAGGGAGAGCAUUAUUGCUCUGAGGCUCUGACCAGCUCUAUCUCUGUGUUCCAGAUGAUGAUGAGCAAUUGGAGGAGGAGAAAGGGGGACCAAGCAGGGGCCUGUUCAAAGGAAUCAAAUGGAAAGAGAAUGGGCCAAAAAGAAGGAAACCUGGUGCUGGCAAGAAGGGGAGGAAGAAAAUACCAGCUUCUCAGAGUGGGGUGGCCCAUGGAAUCAGAGCCCCAAAAAUAACUCGAAGAGAAACAGACAAAAAUGUAUGUAUUUGUGGAAGGACCUUCAGUUGUAGACAAAACCUUGAUUCUCAUUUGAGAAUUCACACAGGAGAAAUGUAUUUGAAAAGAAAGGAAUAUGGAGAGAUCACCAAAGUUAGCAAUGGCCACAUUACUCAUCCAACAAAUCGGAUGAGCCGCAAACCAUUUAAAUGCUCAGAUUGUCAGGACCCAGGCUGCAGAGCACCAAUAACCAUGCGCAGAGACCAGAAUCUAUCUAAUAUCUUUAUUAAAGGAAUAUAAAAAGUCAAUAAAAACAAGUGAAGAAUAUAGUUCAGAAGUAGACCUUUCAGGAAAGGUCAAAUAUAGUCCAGGAAAACAAUGUCCAAUAUGAGAUAUUAGAGUCCAAAGUUAUAAUCCAAUAACCGAAACACACACUUUGCCAAGCAAAGUGUGGGAAAAUGACAAGGUCCUUUAGUCCAAUGGAACUUGGCAACAAGGCUGGAAAACAAACUAGAUUCUUGGCAAACGAGGCUUGAUACGAGGCAACAAGAAGCAAGAAGCAAGAACGAGGUCCGUGACGAGGUCCGGGGAACAAGGCUGGCUUGGAACUGGAACAAGAUCCGUGGCAAGGUCCUGGAAACAAGGAACUGGAGUAGCGUAGUCUACACACGAUCUCACUCCUGAAGCUGACGAAUUGACUCCGCAAGGAUCUCCCUGCGGUCAAACAGCUAUAUAGGAUCUUGUUUUCCCGCCAAGGAACACUUUCCCUGGGGAACAAGAAGUGAAACCCAUACUGUGUCCAGAUGCAUGACUCCUUAAGAUUUCCCAAGGGAAACAGGCUUAAUCAGCUAAUUGUCUGGCAGCGAUUCUGGCGCUUCGGCGAUUCGCCUCCCUAGCGCCUCUAUCUCGAUUAUAAUUAUCCCGGCGAGAGAACGGGGGAGAUUUCUGCCCAAGGCUUGUUUGGCUGACUUCUGGAGGGCAAACAUCCUGCAGGUGCAAGGGCUCCAAUUCUGGCUGAAAUGGUGGGAAACCCAAGUUUUCCUCUUCGUCUGCCACAAUAGUACUAGGAGCAGGACUACAUGGCCCAUGAGUCAUCACACAGAUUGUGGAAAAGGCUUCAUUGAAAAGAGGCAGCUGCCUUGUCGUAAAGCAUCUCACAGAGGAGAUAAACCAUUUCACUGCUUGGGGCUUGGAAAGAGUUUCCUUCAGAAGAUGCAUCUAACUUGCUCUCGGUUGGAGUGUGGAAAGAGUUUCACUCGGUAUUCACACCCCACUCAUGAAAACGUUUACACAGGAGAGAACCCAUUUCAGUGCUUGGAGGGUAGGAAUCUUUUCCCUCAGAAGGUAGAUUUCACAUUUCAUCCAAAAACUCACUCAAAAUAUAAACAAUUCAAAUGCAUGGAGUGUGGAAAGAGCUUCAGUUGGAAGAAAAAUCUUACCUGUCAUGAAAAAGUGCACACAGGAGAGAAGCCAUUUCAGUGUUCGGUGUGCAGAAGAAGCUUCAGUCAAAAAGGCAAUCUCACUUCUCAUGAGAGAAUUCACACAGGAGAAAAGCCAUUUCUGUGUUUGGAGUGUGGAAGAAGCUUCAGGCAUAAAAUAAGUCUCAGUUAUCAUCAAAAUGUUCACACGGGGCAGAAACCAUUUGCUUGUUUGGAGUGUGGAAAAAGCUUCAUUCGGAAGACUAGGUUCCAUGCUCAUCAAAGAAUUCACACUGGGGAUAAACCAUUUAUUUGUUUGGAGUGCGAAAGAAGCUUCACUCAAGACAAGUCUGGCGUGUCAUCAAAGAGUUCACCUAGGAAAAAGCCAUUUUAGUGUUUAGAACGCAGAAGCAGCUUCAGGCAGAAGAUCAGUCUCGCUGAUUAUCAAAGAGUUCACACAAGAAAGAAAGCCUUUAAAUUAGUGGUUCUCAACCUGUGGGUCCCCAGAUGUUUUGGUCUACAACUCCCAGCAGCCCCAGACAGUUUACCAGCAGUUAGGAUAUCUGGGAGUUGAAGGCCAAAACAUCUGGGGACCCACAGGCUGAGAACCACUGGUUUAAAAGUAGAAAGCUUCUGUCAGAAUACACAUCUGUUUUGCUAUCAAGGCACUCACAGAAGGAAAUAGCAAUUCAAAUAGGGUGUGUGCCAACAGCAGAGCUGAAAUGUUUCUGCCACCAGAUUUUGGGCUGCUUUGGUGCCCUGAGUUCUGCUGAUUGUUGUCAUGGCUGUCAUUUUGGAGACUGAAAGAGACAUGUAUCUGCCAUUUAGGUAAAUGAAAGUGUCAUCCUAAUCUCCUUUGGAGAUGUGAAGGAAGGGGUUUUGUUGUUCUUAGUGAUAGGACAAUGCAGCAUUUAGAUUUCUACUUUGGAAGUGAAACAGACAUGUAGAACAACACCUAGGGGUUAGGGUCCCAUAUGCCCCAUUGCUCCUCCUAAGAAUCAUAUGUAUCCUUAGGAUCACACAGUUGUCUUCACAACUUUACAGCCAGAAAAUAGGCAUACAAACAUACUGAUGUUCACUUGAGACAUACUGUGAAACCAGCUUAAGAGUUUUUUGAGAUAGAAGCAAUCGGUCAUUUUUUUGCUUUGACAUGCCAGCUGAGAUUUGAGUUACAAGAUAUAGUGCGAGGUCUAGCAUAAGAUUAUGCCAGCCGCCAUCUUAAGCAGGGCUUUAAGGGAGCAGCCAGGAAAGCUCUUUGCUCUUGUUCUUGCUGUUAUUUCUGCAAUCCCAGGGCUUUGGGAGGUUAUAGGAAAGCUGAAGGGCCAGGAGUCUACAUCAAUCUCAUUAUCACAAUGCACUACUGCAGAAUGAUGUUCCUAACAGCUUGUAUUCCAUCUUUGUGUGGGAUAUAGAUUCUACAGUGGCUAAGAUGAUGGUAGGACUAUAAUUUCUGCAGGAAGUGGGUAGGAGGGGUGAUAGAAUGUAAUAUAAGGAUAUUGUCCAAAAUCUUUAUAAUUACAAGGUCUGGCUAACCAUAGGACCUAAGAAAGUGAAUGCCAAGAAGAAAAGGAUGAUGUGCUUGGAUAUAAAGCAUGAAAUCGUCAAAAAACAUGAGCAAGGUCUGCAUGUUGUUGACUUGGCAAGGAAGUAUGAUUGUAGUACUUAUAUGAUACGCAUGAUUUUGAUCUGCAGCUUGCGGGAGAUACUGUGACCGAGAGCAUCCUAUGUGAGACCAUUUAUGGGAUUUGGUAUAUUAGAUACCAUGAACAUAAACAGACAAGGCAUCUGAAGUGUCAUUCAAAACCAGUCAGGGAUGGUUUAAUAAUUUUAAACACAGGAUCAGUAUUCACUCCGUUGUCAGGUAUGGCAUUUAAAAGGGAGGAAGAAACACCCCCUUGGACUGGUUUUUAGUGAAACGCCCUGCAAGUGUGUUUUAUUAUUACUACGAGGGUUAUCCAGAAAGUAAGGUUACAAGGCACAUAGCUCUCACGAGAAUUUUCAUGGGGAAGUUGGUAUUACUGCCAUGUAGCGGGAAGCCACUGGAAGCAAACGAGCAGUGCCAGUCAUCAGUAGCUCAUUCCCCGGCAUUAUGAAGGUUAGAGAUGAGCGUCCUCAUUCCAUUUUCCUCCAAGUGCGAAGUUCACACUGUAAUAUGCUACCUAAAUGCUAAGGGCAUGAACACUGUUGCGAUUAAUUGUGAAAUUGUCACAUAGUGUAGAAAAUGUUUAAUAUUUUAGUUGAUCAGUUACGAUUUCAUAAACAACAGUUUGUGAUAUGUUUGCACAAAGUUCAGACAGGUUGUCAAUUGUUGAAUAGUGAUAAGAAAGAAAAUUUUCUUCAGUUUUCUGCACCAUGUCAUCAGUCACAAUGGACGGCUGACCACUUGUCUUCAUUGUGAAUUUCCAUCCUUCUGAAAUUAAAAAUCCGUCAGCUGGAGCUGAUAGAGGGAGCUCAUCCGCGCUCUCCCCAGAUUCAAACCGGCAACCUUCAGCAACCCAGCCUUCAUGUUAGCCCUGCCUGCACAAAGGUUUAACUUAUUGCACCACCGGAGCCUCCUGGCCUUAAAGUGAGUGACGGAGGGUCUGUAUGCCAAGUUUGGUCCAUAUCCAUGGCUGAUGGGGUUAGCAGCAGUCUCUGGAUGUGGGUGAAGGUACUGCAAAUCCCAUCGUGAGUGGUCCAUCCUCCCCCAAACCUCACCAGGAAGUGGGUCAUGGUGGGAUCUGUGUAACAAGUUUGGUUCAGAUCAAUGGCUGAUAGCUUAAAUAAAUAUAUAAAUUAUUUUUACACAUUAUUUGUUACUUAUAAAGUACAUUUUUCUUAUUUAAAAAUAAUGAAAACUGGUUUGAGGGGGCUGGAAUGGAUUAAUAGCAUUUCAAUUAAAUUUGAUUUGACAUAAGAGCAAUUUGAGUUAAGAGCUCAGUCACAGAACUAAUUAAACUCUUUAUCACUCUGUGUGUGUGUGUGUGUGUGUGUGUGUGUGCAUCUUUCCAUUGAGGUUAAUAAUGUAUUGAUUUUCUUUUUCUUCUUGAAUGUAUUUUACCUGGAAUUGUAUGCUAUAAAGUUAAUGUAGUUAAAAAUUGAAAUAAAUUUUUGUAAAACA